AUGCGUCUUACCAUCAUCCCUCUGCUCUUUGCAGCCUUCGCCUGUGUCGAAUUCGCCAACGCCUAUGACCCCCUCCAUGGAACCCCUGAAGACCCCUACACGGACGGCAUUAGAUUUGACUGGCCCACUCAGGAUGAGUGCUAUGUUUGCCUUGAUACAUACAAAUCAUGCGUAGCCAGAUGUAUCCCCAAUGAAUGGUGGUGCUAUGAGACAUGCUCCAUCACGCGGACAGGCCCACUGAUCGCGGCGUCCGAGCAGCGCUCAGACCAGACCUCCUAUAUCUAG